AUGACGGAGGAGAAAGGAGGAGAGUAUGAAUUGGUGUUUUUCCGGCGACUCGACGACGAAUUUAACAAAGUGGAGAAAUUCUAUAGAGAGAAAGUGGAGGAGGUGGUGAAAGAAGCUAUGGUUCUUAACAAACAGAUGGAUAAUUUAAUGGCGUUUAAGUUGGAGGAGGAGCGUACGGCGGAGAUGUCUCGCUCGGCCUCACACGUCGUCGUUUCUCCGGCGGAGCUCGCCAAAAAUACAUCUAUGAAAGUUCCGGCUAUAGAGGCCAUAGAGGAAGGAGGCUCGAGUAGGGCUGGUCGAUCAUCAGAUGAAGAUGACAAUAACCUAGAAAAAGAAAAACAGUGUGACAUGAGCAAGAUGAAAGCUGCAAGACCGGCUCCUAUCGGGGUUCUAAAUUUCGUCAAGAUGAUCAACAACACGAAAGAAAUGCCUCAAUCCAUUAUUAAGAGCGUUCUCAAAGUCUCGAAUCAGACAGAGCUCAAAUUCAGCAGAGAUAAUCUAAGGAAAAUUGAGGAGAAGCUAAGUUGUGCCUUUGUCGAGUUUCAUCGGAAGCUUUGGUUCCUCAAGAGCUAUAGCUUCUUGAAUGUGUUGGCGCUUUCGAAGAUAUUGAAGAAGUAUGAUAAGAUAACUUCGAGGGAUGCUGCUAAAUCUUACAUGAAAAUGGUUGAUAACUCUUACCUUGGAAGCUCUGAUGAAGUAAUGAUACUCACAGAGCAUGUUGAAACUACAUUCAUAAAGCAUUUCACGAAUGGUAAUAGAACAAAAGGAAUGAACAUCUUGCGACCAAAAGCUAAAAGAGAGAGACACCGAAUUACAUUCUCCACUGCUGCACGUGUCACAGAGAGAGAGGCGAAGGAGUGUGGUCUUGGGAAAGUCUUCUAUCUCUCUCGACGAAAUCGUCUCAGCAUCGUCUCCCAUCUCUCUCGACGGUUUCCCUCCAUAGAGCUCUCGACCGCGGACUCCGUCGAACCCUCCGGCGAUCUGUCCCAUUUCUCUGUCGAUCUCAAUCUCUCCGCCGAUCUCUCCGCCGCCGAUCUCUCCUCAGAUAAACCAGGUAUCACUCAAUCCUCAGUCUGUAGUAUAGAGAUUUAG